UUCACAAUCAAAAAAAACAACAGAGAGAAGGGGGAGUCGCCAAAAUUUUCUCACCAUCAUUUUCUCGAGAAAAUUUUAAGAUUUGAGCGAUUUCCCGAGAAAAUAACAAAAAAAAAAAAACAUCAGGUGAAAAUGAGAGAAAUCCUUCAUAUUCAAGGAGGUCAGUGCGGAAACCAGAUCGGUGCUAAGUUCUGGGAAGUUAUUUGCGGCGAGCACGGUAUCGAUCACACCGGUCAGUACUGUGGCGAUUCAGAUCUACAGCUAGAGAGGAUUAAUGUCUAUUAUAACGAAGCUAGCGGAGGCAAGUACGUUCCUCGCGCUGUUCUUAUGGAUCUGGAGCCUGGUACUAUGGAUUCUCUCAGAUCCGGUCCUUUUGGUCAGAUUUUCCGGCCUGAUAACUUCGUCUUUGGCCAGUCUGGUGCUGGCAAUAACUGGGCUAAAGGUCACUACACCGAAGGCGCUGAGUUGAUUGAUUCCGUUCUUGAUGUUGUUAGGAAAGAGGCUGAGAACUGUGAUUGUCUUCAAGGUUUUCAAGUUUGUCAUUCUUUGGGAGGAGGAACUGGUUCUGGGAUGGGAACGCUUUUGAUUUCUAAGAUUAGAGAGGAGUAUCCUGAUCGUAUGAUGAUGACCUUUUCGGUUUUCCCAUCUCCUAAGGUUUCUGAUACCGUCGUUGAGCCAUACAAUGCUACACUCUCUGUUCACCAGCUUGUUGAGAAUGCUGACGAAUGUAUGGUUUUGGAUAACGAAGCUCUCUACGAUAUCUGUUUCCGCACCUUGAAGCUAUCUAAUCCUACCUUUGGUGAUCUUAACCACCUCAUCUCAGCUACUAUGAGUGGUGUCACAUGCUGUCUUCGUUUCCCUGGUCAACUUAACUCUGACCUCAGAAAGCUCGCUGUGAACCUGAUCCCUUUCCCACGACUCCAUUUCUUCAUGGUUGGUUUUGCACCAUUGACAUCAAGAGGAUCACAGCAGUACAGUGCCUUGAGUGUCCCUGAACUUACUCAACAGAUGUGGGAUGCCAAGAACAUGAUGUGUGCAGCUGAUCCUCGUCAUGGCCGUUACUUGACAGCUUCCGCUUUGUUCCGUGGAAAGAUGAGCACUAAAGAGGUUGAUGAACAGAUGAUGAAUGUCCAGAACAAGAACUCAUCGUACUUUGUUGAAUGGAUUCCAAACAACGUGAAAUCAAGCGUCUGCGAUAUAGCUCCCACGGGUUUGAAAAUGGCAUCGACUUUCAUUGGAAACUCAACUUCAAUCCAGGAAAUGUUCAGGCGUGUGAGUGAACAGUUUACAGCCAUGUUCAGGAGAAAGGCUUUCCUUCAUUGGUACACUGGAGAAGGGAUGGACGAGAUGGAAUUCACUGAGGCUGAGAGUAACAUGAACGAUCUUGUUGCAGAGUAUCAGCAAUAUCAGGAUGCUACAGUCGGUGAAGAGGAGUACGAGGAGGACGAAGAAGAAGAAGAGGCUUAAAGAAAAAAGAUUAUUGAUUACUACUUUUGUUUUGUAAGGCUUUUCACACACAAGCUGUAAGUUCGUCUUGUCGCACUCAUUUCUUUUAUCUCCUUUUUUCUGAAUUGAAUUCUCUCUUUUUGUGCUUUUGUGUGUUUUGUUAUUGAGUUUCUUUCCAAAAACUAAGAUUUGUUCCGGAGUGUAAUCCCAUUUGCCCUAUGCUUUCUUU